GGUUUUGCGUAGAAAGAUUCCCAUGAUUCUUUAGUUUGCACAUGCGCCGAACCAAGUUUCUAAGGUCCUUUUCUCGUCAAGUGUGGAGCGACUAGCACCAAACGAGCAAACACAAUGCAGCUCUUCCUGCGCGCACAGAACACACACACCCUCGAGGUGACGGGACAGGAGACUGUCCACGACCUCAAGGCUCAUGUCCAGACUUUGGAGGGCAUCUCUGUCGAGGAUCAGGUGCUGCUGCUGGCUGGUACCCCUCUGGAGGACAGCACCGCCCUGCUGGAGUGUGGUGUAACUGAACACAGCACCCUGGAUGUUGUUGCCAGGCUUCUGGGAGGUAAAGUCCAUGGUUCUUUGGCUCGUGCCGGAAAAGUACGAGGACAGACACCAAAGGUGGACAAGCAAGAGAAGAAGAAGAAGAAGACCGGCCGUGCCAAGCGUCGUAUCCAGUACAACCGUCGCUUCGUCAACGUGGUGCCCACCUUCGGGAAGAAGAAGGGGCCCAACGCCAACUCCUAAGAGCUCUGCUGCCCGGUAGCGAAGGAGAACAUGACCAAACUCCUGUUCACAAUAAAAGUAUAAUUUGGAA